AUGCUCAUCACGGUGGCGAUGAUGCUUGAUGAAGAGGACAAGGAUAUUGGUGAUGAGAAGGAUAAAGAUGAUAAUAAUGAGGAGGUGAAGGAAGAUAAUGAGUUUGUUCUCGAGCAGCUUCAGGGUUUGAACAUAGAGUAUGAGGAUGUUUGUGAUGAGAAGGACGAAGAUGAUAAAGAUGAGGAGGUGACGAAAGAUAAUGAGGCAGAUUAUAAUGAGGAUGAUGAGGAGGGGGAUCAUGACACGAUACCUGAUAUUACAGCAUUCAGUACAUCCUUCAUUGUGAAGAGUAACAGUCACACGAAUCUGCACGCCUACACCGGCGUUCAUGACAACGUUGCAAAUGAAAACGUCAUGUUUGGUGUCGGUUUAUGGGUGGACGACAACAGGACGCAUUAUGGUGAAAAUGAGUUGAAAUAUCCAGAUCCCGAAGCAACUUCUAUAUUUCCCUCUGAUUUAAGCUAUCCAAACGGAUUUAGUAAAAAUCCUAAAAGUGAGAAGCCCACUACUUCAUAUAAAUGUAUGCUCACAUCUUACUCUAAAACCAGUGUACGCAGAGUUGGUGUGAAAUACAUGUGGACAGAAAUCAAUGGUUACAAAGCUGCAGCGUCAAUGGUCUUUCUAAAACAUAACGAGUGCCCUCGUGGAAAAUGGCUGCCUCCUGAUUGUGAGAACGAUUGCCCUGUAUGUUAUAAUGGAGGCGUGUGUUCUGUUCCAUAUGGACUAUGCAUAUGUCCCCCGGGCUUCAAAGGAGAUAACUGUGAACAAUCGUGUGGUUGGAACUCGUGGGGACGUUAUUGCACAAUAAUAUGCAGCAGUAGUGGAGAUAAAAAUUGUAAAAAAAACCUUUUUUGUCCACCUGACCCUGUCGGUUGCUCGUGUAUGUCUGGCUUUAAAGGUCUUUCUUGUAAUACAGAAUGUGACACUACAACCACUGGCAAGUAUGGACCAGGAUGCCUUCUAGAUUGUCACUGUGACGCUACUGAAUGUCAGCUAUCAAAAGGUUGUAACGAAGACGCCACUUGUCAUUCUGGUUACAAUGGAACGCGUUGUCUAGAGAGAGAUCCGAAUGUGGAGUGUCCCGAGGGUUUUUAUGGCCCACAGUGCACCAAACUUUGUCACUGUGAAAACUCGUCAACAUGUGAUCGAAAUAACGGAAGUUGUCCUGACGGUGAUCUUUGUGAGGACGGAUGGGGAGGAGUGGGAUGCCAACAAGCACUUCCAGGGUUGUACGAUGCGCCCUCUGUCGAGUACAGUGCUUCAAGUAUCCGUGUAAUUUGGACAGCCUGGGACAGAAAUCAGGAUUUUGGUAACAGAAAUGCUAGCAGUUACGCGUUGAAAUACUGGAAGACGUUAUCAACGGAUGAAGCAGCAACCAUUGAUAACAUAACGGAUACUCGAAUAGACAUCAGCAUUUCGUUGAUAGAUUACAAUCAAUCUUACAGUGUGACUGUGUCAGUAAAUGCUGAUAUUGACGGCGUGUCAACACAAGGAAUUGCUAGUCCAGUUACGGCAUUCAGUCCCAUUGAGCCUCCAUCCUUUUCAUCUAACCCGUGUAAAUUUACUCGACUUGGAAACUUUUCCACUGUUGUUACGUGUGAUAUUUGGAGUUUCGAUGCACACAGCGGUAUGGGAAUUGUACAAGGGUACACUCUAGAAUAUUGGAACGUCAACACACCAAGUAUUGUGUACUCAGUCAGCGUAGAUGAACCUGUUCAGUCGCGAAGUUAUACGGUCCUACUACCUGAAGUGUAUGUGUACUACUCGUUCAAAUUGUCUGUGAUGGUGAUCUUUGAGCACAAAGGUGUAUAUAUGAAUGGAACACGAAGCUCCUUACUGAGCAUUUCAAAAGCCAUGUUACCUGAUCUUACAGCCUUUAGUGCAGUAUAUAUUGUAGACAAAGACACAGCAACGGAUCUGCGUGCCUACACUGGGUGGGAGGAUAAAUGUAACAACGAAAACGUCAUGUUUGGUAUAGGCUUAUGGGUGGACGACAACGGGACACGUUAUGGGGAAAAUGAGUUAAUAAAUUCAGACCCACAUAUAAACAAGUCCAUAUUUACUCCUGGUACUAUUUACGAAGAAUGCAAAAAAAUUAAAUCAGCAUGUAGAUGUUGGCUUACAUUCCCACCAAGUGACGUCCCUGCUGUACGCAGAGUCGGUGUAAAAUACAGUCGGACAGAAUUCAAUGGUUACAAGGCUUCAGCGUCAAUGGUGUUUCUAGCAAAUGGAGGCACCAUUGUACCAGAGCAACGAACUAUUACAACAAGUAUUGGCGAAACAGUUAAGCUGGUAAUGAUGAUUCGUGAUAGUGUAAAUGUCAGCAGUUUACGAUGGAAGAAAGAUGGACGAUCCGAUAUCAUAGAGUGGGAGGGGUUAAGCAACGCAACGAUUGAAAACGUUCGGCAAAAAGACGCUGGUAUUUACGAAUGUUAUCCGGAAGGACGACGACACGAAGGUCAACACGCUAUAGUACGAGUAAUUGUUAGAG